AUGGAUAACCGAUAUUAUCCAGGUAAUCAAACAAAUCGAUCUAUCGAAAUUACACGUUAUAUCUAUCCAGAACAAAUAUCAACACCACGAACUACUUAUACCAAUAGUCAAUAUUUAAAUAAUGAAAUAAAGAAUAGUUGGUGGCGAUCUGCCGGACCUUUUGAACCAUAUCGAACCACGUAUCAAGAUUAUGGUCAAGGAAAAACUCUUCAUUAUCGAAAACCUAAUACUCAUUUGACUCAACCUUAUUUUUAUCAGGAACUCCGUGGUGUCUAUCGUCCACCGGAUUCAGAUUCAAACAGAUCUGACUUCAACGUACCACCAUCACUCAAUACGAAUCCAUAUUCACCACCUUAUGGUUCACCUCGAUAA